CUGAGGGCUGCAGAAAAUGGACGACCGCCCGGAGGAACGAAUGAUCAGGGAAAAACUCAAGGCUACAUGUAUGCCAGCCUGGAAGCACGAAUGGCUGGAGAGGAGGAGCAGGCGAGGCCCUGUGGUUGUAAAACCAAUUCCUGUGAAAACUGAUGGAACAGAGACUCCUAAAUCGGACUCAGUUGAUGGAUCCAUGAACGGAUCAUCCCAUGUUAUAAAGGGGAGACGCAGCCCUUCUCCCAGCAGCUCAUCCAGUUCUUCCAAAUCAAAGCCAGAGUCUCCAGGAAUGAAGAGGAGAGGCUUGUCUCCUGUCCCUUUUCAGAGCGGACGUACCACUCCACCACGAAGAGCCCCAUCUCCUGAUGGAUUUUCCCCAUAUAGUCCUGAAGAAACAAGUCGCCGAGUCAACAAAGUGAUGCGAGCAAGACUCUAUCUGUUGCAGCAAAUAGGACCCAAUUCAUUUCUGAUUGGUGGAGACAGCCCAGAUAAUAAAUACAGAGUUUUUAUUGGUCCUCAGACCUGCAGCUGCGGCAGAGGGGCGUUCUGCAUCCAUCUCCUCUUCGUCAUGUUACGGGUGUUUCAGCUGGAGCCAUCGGACACAAUGCUGUGGAGGAAAACCUUGAAGAAUUUUGAAGUUGAAAGUUUGUUCCAGAAAUAUCACAGUAGACGUAGCUCAAGGAUCAAAGCUCCAUCUCGUAACACCAUCCAGAAGUUUGUAUCACGCAUGUCAAAUUCUCAUACAUUGUCCUCAUCCACCACUUCCACAUCUAGCUCAGAUACCAGCAUCAAAGAUGAAGAUGAACAAAUGUGUCCCAUCUGCCUGCUGGGCAUGCUGGAUGAGGAGAGCCUGACUGUAUGUGAAGAAGGCUGCAGAAACAAGCUACACCACCACUGCAUGUCAAUCUGGGCAGAGGAGUGUCGAAGAAAUAGGGAGCCUCUCAUCUGUCCUCUCUGUCGCUCAAAAUGGAGAUCACAGGAUUUAUACAGCCAUGAAAUGCCAACGCCUGUGGAUUCUCCUCCUCCUGUUCUGCGGGCUGCUCAGCAGCAGUCUCUACAACAACAACAGCAGCAGCCUACAGCUGGAUCCCAAAGAAGGUCACAGGAUUCCAGUUUAAACCUGACUCAUUAUGGGGUUCAGCAGAUUCCUUCUGCCUACAAAAACAUGGCUGAGCCAUGGAUUCAGGUCUUUGGAAUGGAAUUGGUAGGCUGCUUGUUUUCUCGAAACUGGAAUAUCCGAGAAAUGGCCCUGCGGCGUCUCUCUCAUGAUGUCAGUGGGGCCUUGCUGUUGGCUAAUGGUGAAAGCACUGGAAUUUCUGGCACUGGCGGCAGCCCUAGUGGCUCUACCCCACACUCUGCCAGUGUCUCAUCUCAGUCCAGUAUCUCAGGGGACGCUGUAGUGGAGGCUUGCUGUAGUGUGCUGUCAAUGGUGUGCGCGGACCCGGUCUACAAAGUCUAUGUUGCUGCUUUAAAAACGUUACGCGCCAUGCUGGUGUACACUCCAUGCCAUACAACCGCUGAAAGAAAAAAACUGCAACGGCUUCUUAACCCAGUUGUGGAGACCAUCCUGGUCAAAUGUGCUGAUGCCAACAGCCGGACCAGUCAGCUUUCUGUGUCAACAUUGCUGGAACUAUGCAAGGGGCAAGCAGGAGAGUUGGCUGUGGGGAGAGAGAUCCUCAAUUCUGGUUCCAUUGGUAUUGGUGGAGUUGAAUAUGUCUUGACCUGUAUCCUGGCCACCCAGACAGAGUCUAACAACUGGCAAGCACUACUGGGCCGCUUAUGUCUCAUUGACCGGCUCUUGUUGGAAUUUCCUGCUGAGUUUUACCCCCACAUCAUUAGUGGAGAUGUCUUGCAGGCUGAUGCAGCAGUAGAAAGGUAUAGGAACUUGCUGUCCUUGCUAAACUUUGCCUUGCAGUCCAUUGACAACUCCCAUUCGAUGGUGGGGAAAUUAUCCCGCAGAGUGUUCUUAAGCGCAGCCAGGAUGGUCGCCAGAGUCCCUCACGUGUACGUCAAGCUGUUGGACAUGUUAAGCACAACCAGCUCAACGCAUUACAGCCGCAUGCGAAGACGUUUAAUGGCUAUCGCGGAAGAAAUGGACAUUGUAGAAGUGAUCCAACAAGGCCUGGAGGACUCUCAGACUUUUGAACACCGCAGGGAAGCUUUUGUGCAGCCCUCUGCACCAGCGAACUCCCCUGUUACUUCACAGAGUAAUUCCCCAGAACACACUAUGCAGCUAUCAGGGAAAGUGGGGAGUGAUCUUUGUGCCUCAAAAGCCGCUUCUAGCCCUGAGGACUUGAAUGAGGCACUGGAGGGGAUCUCCUUGGGGCGCCCUUUAGUGACGACUGAGCAACCAAAGCCUGCCAUCCAGACUAAACGCAGACCCUUAAGUCAAUGCUUGAACUCUCCCUCUUCCUCACAACCUCCUCAUUCCUUUUUCCAGACCUUACCUUCUCCUCCCUCCGCCCCGUCUGUGCCAGCUGGCCCUGUCUCAGAUAUCCCCAAACCUAAACCUCAGGGAUUUACUCCCUGCAAAUUGUCAUCUGCUUCCCCUCAGACUCAAAGGAAGUUUUCUCUUCAAAUGCAGAAGCACUAUUCAGGAAGUAAAGAGCCUGAAAAACUGUCUCCUGUUUUCACUCAAGCUAGGCCCCUGCCAUCUCAUCAGAUACACAGGCCAAAGCCAUCUCGGCCUACUCCGGGGGAAAUGGGGAAAUUGGCCGAGUCUCCAAAAGGCAAUAUGACUCUUGAACUAAAUGUUUCUCAUAGUGACAAUGGUGGCAGUAGCAGUUGUGCUGUCAUACCCAGUGAUGACACUGUUUUUACUCCUGUAGAAGAAAAGGGUCGGCUGGAUGCCAAUACAGAGCUUAAUUCCAGCAUGGAGGACCUUUUGGAGGCAUCCAUGCCUGCUGGUGAUGGCACGGUCACUUUUAAGUCUGAGGUGGCUGUGCUUUCUCCAGAGCGAGCAGAAAUUGAUGACACCUACAAAGAGGAUGUCAGCCACAAUCAGAAGUGCAAAGAGAAAAUGGAAGCAGAGGAGGAGGAAGCACUGGCUAUUGUUCUCGCCAUGUCAGCCUCUCAGGAUGCUCUGCCAGUCAUACCCCAGUUACAAGUGGAAAAUGGGGAGGACAUCAUCAUUAUUCAGCAGGAUACUCCAGAGACCCUCCCUGGACAUACCAAAGCAAAAAAUCACUAUCGGGAAGAGGUUGAAUGGCUUAAAGGCCAGCAGAUUGGUUUGGGAGCCUUUUCUUCCUGCUAUCAAGCUCAGGAUGUUGGAACUGGCACCUUAAUGGCCGUCAAACAGGUGACCUAUGUGAGGAACACAUCUACUGAGCAAGGAGAGGUGGUGGAGACUCUUCGGGAGGAGAUCAGGAUGAUGAAUCACCUCAGUCACCCAAAUAUCAUAAGGAUGCUUGGGGCAACCUGUGAGAAGAGCAACUACAAUCUGUUUGUGGAGUGGAUGGCAGGUGGUUCGGUCGCCCACCUACUUAGUAAAUACGGAGCAUUUAAAGAAUCUGUCGUCAUCAACUAUACAGAUCAGUUACUUCGGGGACUCUCGUACCUUCAUGAAAACCAGAUCAUUCACAGAGAUAUAAAAGGUGCUAAUCUACUGAUUGACAGCACUGGGCAGCGACUACGAAUUGCUGAUUUUGGAGCAGCAGCUAGACUGGCAUCAAAGGGCACAGGUGCUGGCGAAUUUCAGGGGCAGCUGCUGGGAACAAUUGCUUUUAUGGCUCCAGAGGUGCUGAGGGGGCAGCAGUAUGGUCGGAGCUGUGACGUGUGGAGUGUUGGCUGCAGCAUUAUAGAGAUGGCUUGUGCUAAACCUCCAUGGAAUGCAGAGAAACACUCCAAUCACCUUGCUCUCAUUUUUAAGAUUGCAAGCGCAACUACGGCUCCAUCAAUCCCACCACAUCUGUCUCCGGGCUUGCGGGACGUCACCCUUCGGUGUCUGGAGCUUCAACCUCAAGAUCGGCCCCCAUCAAGAGAGUUACUGAAGCACCCAGUCUUUAGAACAAAGUGGUAGAAGCUUUCUCUCCAAAAGAGCAUUUUACUACUGAAAUAGAGACAGGGAACCCUGUUCCUCUAUAGCUGCAUGUCCUGUCUCUGCCAUACUGUACCUGUGUGUAAUGUCUGCCCUCCCUGCCCUGUGCAUGACCACUUCAUACCUGGAAAAGCUUCAGAACAAGGAGGACCUAAAAACAAACAAAAAUAGAUAAAAUGUG